UUGCUCUUGGUCUAUCGCAUGAUGAAGACUCAUUUUGGAGGAGAAGACAUCAACUCCAAAUUGUUCACCAAUGGAACCCGACGGCUCUCGCUUUGGGGAUUGGUGAUGAAUGGUGGUAGUGGUGACGACGAUAAAGAAGAUCGGACCACCUUAGCCGAUGUGGCUGGAUUGGCUUUGGUUGUCGAAGACAUGAGAGAAGUCGUGUCGUACUUGUCCAAUCCAACGCUCUACAACGCAAUGGGAGCACGGCCUCCCAAAGGAGUCUUUCUGCAUGGUCCACCAGGAAGUGGAAAAACGCUACUGGCACGAGCUAUCGCUGGAGAAGCUCACUGCGAUAGCUUUACAGCCUUGAGCGGCUCAUCCUUUGUGGAAAUUACUACUACUACUAACUCCCAACAACUAGAGGCGCAACGACCCGCCUGUGCCAUUAUUUUCAUUGAUGAAUUCGAUGCCGUGGCCAAGGCGCGAUCCAAAGAUGGAUUUCUGGGCAAUGAUGAACGAGAACAAACACUCAAUCAACUACUCACCGAAAUGGAUGGCUUUGAUACUGGCUCUUCCAAUAAAAACAACGAUUCCAAAGACGAACAAGUCACGUUGAUUGUGAUUGCCGCCAGCAAUCGUUUGGAUGUCAUUGACGAGGCUGUUUUGCGCCGAUUUGAUCGACAGAUAUUUGUGGGGUACCCCGAUGCACAGGGACGAGAAGAAAUCCUGUUGGUGCAUGCCAAAAAGACAAAGUGCUCACCCAACGUGGACUGGACCCUGCUGGCAUCGGAUACCUACACUGACAAUUUCUCUGGAGCAGAUCUUCAGAAUGUGGUUAAUCAUGGAGCUUUGAAUGCCAUUCGAGAAAAGCGUGACGUCGUGGAGCAAUCGCAUCUGGUUCAGGCUGCGCAGCGGAUCCAACAGCAAAAAGCCAAAGUGGGACGACAGUCCAUGCCAUCUUUCUUGACGUUGAUCGACUAG